AUGGCUGAUCGUGUGUCGACCGAAAGUCAAAGCAUUUACGUGCGUUUUAAAAAGGCCCUCUCUGCAUGCCCCAACGAUCUUCUUGUCUUCUUCUUAAGGGUUCAAGGCAAUGGCAAUGGCAUCUUGCGGCGCCCCCAAAUCCUUGCUGAGCUUGAGGCGAUCCCUGAGGAGAGAAGAGCAAGGCUUCGUCAUGGGGAUUUCGAUGAAGUCCUCAAAUCCAUUCAGGAAGCAAUUGUGUCGCCUCCGUGGGUUGCUCUUGCUGUUCGUCCGGGGCCGGGUGUGUGGGAAUACAUGCGUGUGAACAUCCGUGCGUUUGAUUGUGAGCAAUUGGAGGUUGCUGCGUUUCUGCGCCUCGAAGAAGGGCUUGCUGAUGGAAGCUUGAACCCUGAUAUUGAUCCACUCACUCCCGUUUUUGUGCACCCGACUCCUUCCAUGUCUAUCGGGAAUGGUAAUGAGUUUAUCUGUGGCCGUCUCUCUGAUAAGCUCUCACAUGACUACGAAAGCUUGCACCCUCUGCUUAAAUUCCUCCAAACCCUCAACUACAAGGGGAAGAACAUGAUGGUGGCUGCCAGAAUCCAGAAUGUCCCCUCCCUCCAAUGUGUCCUGAUGAACGCGAAGGAGUACCUGACCCCACUCAAUCGCGAGACCCCAUACUCCCAGUUUGAGCACAAGUUCCAGGAGAUCGGGCUGGAGUGGGGGUGGGGCGACACGGCUGAGCGCGUCCUCGAGAUGAUCCAUCUCCUGUUGGCUUUCCUUGACGAACCCAACCCGGGCACUCUCAAGAAGUUCUUGGGAAGGAUUCCAAUGGUCUUCAAUGUUGUCAUCGUGUCUCCCCAUGCAUACUUUGCUCAGGACGGUGCCUUAUGUGGCCAGGUUGUUUACAUCCUGGAUCAAGUUCGUGCCCUAGAGACUGAAAUGCUUUGCCGCAUCGAGCAACAAGGACUGCAUAUUACUCCUCAGAUCCUCAUUAUCACUCAGCCUCUCCCAGAUGCGGUUGGAACCACCCAUGGCAGGCUCCGGGAGAAUGUUUCAGGGACCAAGUACUCCCACAUUCUUCGCAUCCCCUUCAGGAAUGAGAAGGGAGUUGUGCGCAAGUGGACUCCCCAGUUCAAGGUGUGGCCCUAUUUGGGAAGAUAUACUGAGGAUGUCAAGGAAAAACUCGAUGCAGAGUUGCAGUGCAGGCCCAAUCUGAUCAUUGGAAAUUACAGUUAUGGAAACAUUGUUGCUUCCUUGUUAUCCAAAAAAUUAGGUGUUACACAGUGCACAAUAGCCCAUACCCUUGAGAAGGCAAAGUACCCAGGGUCAGACAUAUACUGGAGGAAAUUUGAGGAGGAGUACCACUUCUCUUGCCAAUUCACUGCGGAUCUCUUUGCCAUGAACCAUGCUGACUUCAUCAUCACCAGCACCUCCCAAGAAAUUGCUGGAAGUAAGGAUACUGUGGGGCAGUAUGAGAGUUACAUGAACUUCACUCUUCCUGGACUCUACCGAGUCGUACACGGGAUCAACGUCUUCAACCCGAAGUUCAACGUUGUUUCUCCGGGUGCUGACACAAGCAUCUAUUUCCCCUACACCGACCAGCGACGGUUGGAAUUCUUACACCUUGAGAUCAAAGAACUCCUCUUCAGCAAAGUUGAGAACGAGGAACACCUAAGUAUGUUGAGAGAUGAGAACAAGCCAAUUAUUUUCACCAUGGCAAGGCUGGACCAUGUCAAGAACUUGACAGGGCUUGUCGAGUGGUAUGGCAAGAACCUUGAGUUGAAGGAACUGGCCAACUUGGUCGUGGUCGGAGGCAACAAGAGGCAGGCCGAGAUGAAGAAAAUGCGCACCCUCAUCGAGAAGUACAGGUUGAAGGGCCAGUUCAGGUGGAUUUCCUCCCAGAUGGACCGGGUGAGGAAUGGAGAGCUCUACCGCUGCAUCUGUGACACAAAGGGAGUGUUUGUUCAACCGGCUAUCUAUGAACCUUUCGGGUUGACCGUGGUCGAGGCCAUGGCUUGUGGUCUGCCGACCUUUGCCACUUGCUAUGGUGGGCCGGCUGAGAUUAUUGUGCACGGUGAAUCAGGCUUCCACAUUGAUCCUCACCGUGGUGACCAGGUGGCAGAGGAACUUGCAGAGUUCCUCAAGAAGUGCAAGACUGACCAUAACCACUGGGUCAAAAUCUCAGAGGGUGCCAUGCGGAGAAUUGAAGAGAAGUAUACAUGGAAGACAUACUCUGAGAAGCUGUUGAACCUGACUGCUGUCUAUGGCUUCUGGAAGCAUGUGACUCACCUUGAUCAACUCCACAGCCGCAGAUACCUCGAACUGUUCUAUGACAGCAUUUAUCGCCCUCUGUGCUAUGUUCUUGCUCGUUCUUGUAGGCUGGGUCGAGUCCCCCCUGCAGAAGGAAGUGGAUGCUAUGUUCUUGCUUAG